CUAUUCGGAGGGUUUUCAUUUACGAUGGCCCCGGCGGCACCUGCGCUGAGGCCAGUCUGUCCCUCCACCACCACCACCACACCAUGGCGUCUUCGUCUGAUCUCGUCCUCAUCACCGGCGGCUCGUCGUUCAUCGGCCUCCAUGCGCUGCACCAGGCCCUGCAGCAGGGCUUCCGCGUCCGCACCACGAUCCGCAACGAGGCCAAGCGCAGCCUGAUCGAGGCCGCACUCAAGGACUACGACGCCUCGCUCGACUACACGGCCAUCGAGUACGCCCAUGCGGACCUGCUCAGCGAUGCCGGCUGGGACGACGCGGCGCGCGGCGCACGCUACGUCCUCCACGUCGCCUCGCCCUUUCCUGCCGCACAGCCAAAGGACGAGAUGGAGCUGAUCCGGCCGGCACGCGAGGGCACCCUGCGCGUCCUGCGGGCGGCCAAGCGCACCGGCACAUGCACGCGCGUCGUCGUGACGAGCUCCGUCGCCGCCGUCGCCUAUGGCAACACACCCAGCGAGGCCGGCGUAUUCACCGAGGCUGACUGGACCAACGUCGAUGGGCCCCACGUGUCGGCGUACGUCAAGUCCAAGACGCUGGCCGAGCAGGCCGCCUGGGACUUUGUCAAGAGCGACGAGGGCAGCGGACUCGAGCUGGCGACGGUGAACCCCGUCGGCGUGUUUGGGCCCCCCAUGCGGCCCGAGGACGGCUCGACGACGUGCGACAUUGUCAAGGCGCUCCUCAAGGGCGAGAUCCCCCUCGCGCCGCGCAUCGGCUUUGGCAUCGUCGAUGUCCGCGACGUUGCCUCGCUCCUCCUGCUCGCCAUGGUGCGGCCCGAGGCCAACGGCGAGCGCUACCUCGCCACGGCCGCGCCCCAGGCCAUGUCGCUGCUCGAGUGCGGCGCCGCGCUGCGCUCGGGCCUGGGCCAGGCUGCGUCCCGGACGCCCACGCGGGAGCUCCCAGACUGGUUCGUCCGCUUCGGCGCCCGCUUCUCGGGCCAGCUCAAGGCAGCAGCCGACAACCUGGGCAAGCAGGGCGACGUGUCCAACGAAAAGGCACGUGCCCUCGGCUGGGCGCCCAAGACGCCCGAGGAGGCCCUCGUUGCGACGGGCCAGCGCUUCAUCGACAAGGGCUUCUGCUAGUUAGAACUUCUUCUCUAUUUGCAUGUAGGGGGGAGUGACAAACUUCAUGCUGCCUGACUUGGACCCUUGCUGCUGCGUUUCACCCUGUGCUGUCAAUGCCAGAGACGUGCAUGAACUGGAGUCCUCUCUCCUCGCACGGGCAUGCGCGAUGCUUCAGUGGCAGAGCUGGGAAUCACAUCAAAUUGCACGGGACUAUGCGAGACAGAGCACCCUGGCGCGUGGUGGAAGGAAAGCACCGACGCCAGAUCACAGGUUGCGGCCGCGGUACCGCUUGGGCCACACGCCGCACUUGCCCGGCGCGAGGAUGCCGUUGGGGUCGAGGGCGUCCUUGAGCGUGUCGUUGAGCUUGGCCAGUGCGCCGUUGUUGAAGUUGUACGUGCCUGCGACGUGG